UACAUGUACAUCCCUUGUGUUAAUCCACUGCGUGACGGUUCUGUGUGUACAUGUGUGUUGGUACAUGUUUAGCCCUUGUGUUUAUCCACUGCUGGAUGGUUCUAUGUGUGCGUGUGUUGGUACACGUGCUGCCAUUCUGCUAAUCCACUGAUGCUUCUUUAUUUACAUGUGCAACCCUCUUGUCAAUCCACUGCUUGUUCAAUGUGUACAUGUUGGAUGGUACACGUGCAUCGCUUGUGUUUAUCCACUGCUGGAUGUUUCUAUAUGUGCGUGUGUUGGUACACGUGCUGCCAUUCUGCUAAUCCACUGAUGCUUCUUUAUUUACAUGUGCAACCCUCUUGUCAAUCCACUGCUUGAUGGUUCAAUGUGUGCAUGUGUGAUGGUACACGUGCAUCGCUUGUGUUUAUCCACUGCUGGAUGUUUCUAUAUGUGCGUGUGUUGGUACACGUGCUGCCAUUCUGCUAAUCCACUGAUGCUUCUUUAUUUACAUGUGCAACCCUCUUGUCAAUCCACUGCUUGAUGGUUCAAUGUGUGCAUGUGUGAUGGUACACGUGCAUCGCUUGUGUUUAUCCACUGCUGGAUGUUUCUAUAUGUGCGUGUGUUGGUACACGUGCUGCCAUUCUGCUAAUCCACUGAUGCUUCUUUAUUUACAUGUGCAACCCUCUUGUCAAUCCACUGCUUGAUGGUUCAAUGUGUGCAUGUGUGAUGGUACACGUGCAUCGCUUGUGUUUGUCCACUGCUGGAUGGUUCUAUACGUGUGCGUGUGUGUGUGAUGGUUCACAUGCAAGCCCUCGUCCAUCCACUGCCGGAUGUGAAUGUGAGUAGCCACCGUGAGUCUAAUGCACGUAUGUAGAGGGUGUUCUUUUCAAGGGAUUACUUUGGCGACGCAGCGUUCGUAUGACGGUGGAUCGCACAAAGAGAAGUAAAACAAACUCGACACGUCACGUCGCUAACCGCCGUCUCGAAAGGGAACGCGAUACAUAAAUGGCAGAUGUCUCAAAUUAGGUUACACUGAAGCCGUGGGAAUGUGAACACACUUUUCACAAGACGCUAUUUUCCUUUGUGCGAGCACAACCUGACACCCCAACUCUGCCGUUACAAUGCUGAGCCGUCCGAUUCUGUGUCGCAGGUUCCCAGGUCUGGUGACUGCUGGGUGCCUCGUCUGCUUUUUCUACGUUACUUUAAUCCAGCAAUCAAAGUACAUCCAGACAGAUAUCUGGGACAACUACAAGAUUGAUACAAGACAGUUAGAGGUGUUGCACUCAUUCACAAAACGAGUGCUGGAUGAGCCCUGCAGGCCAGGCUUUGCCCGUGGUCUCAUGACACAGCUUUUCCCGGGGCGCUACCACCCCGAGCUGCUUCCCUUCAUCAGCAAGAACCUUUCUGAGAUGCAGAGUGAAGAGGCCACAGGCCUGCGCUACGAUCCACCCUUUGGAUUUCGAGGGCAGCGAGACAGCCUAGAGGCAAUCUUGGGCCUGAUGCCAGAGACUGGUCUUCCCGUGGUGGGGGCGGAAAAAGGGGAUGUGCCCCCUAAAGUGUGCCGUCGCUGCGUGGUGGUUGGGAGCGGUGGAAAUCUGCGAGGGACGGGUCUGGGUCCACUUCUCGAUAACUUUGACGUCGUGAUUCGAUUAAACAAUGCACCUAUAAUAAAGUUUGAAAAUGACGUUGGAAGCAAAACAACUGUCCGGAUCACUUAUCCAGAGGGCGCACCAAAGUCGAUGGAAGAGUAUAAACCAGAUUCAAUAUUUGCUGCUGUGAUGUACAAAGGAGUGGACUUCAAGUGGCUUGAGUCCAUUAUCAAGAAAGAGCACGUGAGCCUCUGGACCAAACUUUGGUUCUGGCAGUCGGUGGCGGACAGAGUUCCCUUGGGACCAUCGCAGUUCCGCAUCCUAAACCUCGAGAUUAUUGGUGAGACCUCCAUGGAUCUACUGGGAUAUCCAAAACCCAGAAAGAGGAUCUGGGGUUGGGACAAGAACAUCCCAACGCUCGGCGUGUCAGCGGUGGUUUUCGCCACGCACUUAUGCGACGAGGUGAGCCUGGCUGGCUUCGGCUAUGACCUCAGCCGGCCGGAUGCGCCGCUGCAUUACUACGAGAACGUGCGCAUGGACGCCAUGAAGGCACAACCCAUGCAUAACGUGGACGGAGAGAAGCUCUUCCUUGCCGGCCUUAUAAACGCCGGUGUCAUCAGCGACUUGACGGGUGGCGUGCAGUGCACUUUCUGCCAAAAGCGAGACAGCGGUGGUGGCAGCAAUAGAACAUAGUGCUUGCUAGCCGGACACUUGGCGUUGACUUCCGUUUGGCGAGUGCACAGCCAGGCAGAGGGUCUGGCUGCAGAGGAGUGGAACUGAGAGCCUGCUGGAUGUUAAUAUUUCAAAUAGAGUUUGUCGAAAACCAACGAUGUUCUUUUGCAGAAAGAGAACAGAAAAACGUCCUGCUAUAGUCUUCCGUAUACAUUCAUUAAGCACUUUCCAACCCUGAUAGUAUUUUAUUCCUCACUGUAUGCUGUCAGAAUAGACAGCACCUCAUAUAUUGGUCUUUUGAGCAACAUAUGAGAUGCAUGUGUAAAUAGAUUGAGCAAGACAGAUGUACUGCUUUUCAUAUAUUUUGUAAUCGUAUGAGGUGGAAAUCACAACAUGUGCUUAAAGUGUACAGAAUGCCAUACUUGUGUGAUUGGGAUACAAUUGUGUAGGACAAUUUCCAAACGACAUUCUGUUCAUAUACUGGAUACACAACACUUUAUUAACAUACAUAAACUGAUGUAUUCAAGUAACCAGAUGUUUAUUGAAGGAUGCCUACCUCUGCAUCCAUGUAAUUGUGAUGCGUGACGCCGUGCACAUUUAAAAACAAGGCCAGAAAAUUAUCGGUCUUCCUUCGUGAAGCCCCAUGAAUAAUUUAUAGAAAUAUGCUAAAGGUUACAUUUACAAUGUCAACAAAGCAGAGUAAGAAAUAACCUCCAGAUUAAUCUGCUUUUGCGAUGGGGUUUUUUGAGUUUCAAAAUCAAGUACACAACUUACGUGACCACAAACGAAGGGCUUCAGUUAUUUGGAGGUGACACUUGGAACACUACAAACCCAUGAGUGGAGUUACGUGUAUCUGGAUACAUUCCUGCAUAUCGUGCAUACACAUAAACACUGCAUUUAAUUAUGUAAUGGAGCACUACAUUUUUCCUGUAUCGAGUUUACAUGUUUCAAACCAGGAUUACCAAUGAUGGGCAAACUAACAUGGCACACUUUCUGAAAUGAACACUGUUGAAAAAUAGAUAUAGUGUGAGCAGAAAGGUUUAGCAAUAUAAGAAAUAGAAAUUUAAAAAAUAAUACAGAGAAAAGCGUUUGUUUCGCCUACUGACCAAUGUCCAACAGCAUUUGUUUAAACAGCAAACCCAGUUAAAACUGAAAUGGUGUGAACCCUGUGAGUCUAUUGAGCGGUGUGCCCUGUUAAAUGCUGCUGAAUUGCCUGACGUUAUAGGCAGUAAGCAUUCCACGAACACCUUUGGGCCCGUUUAGCACAUUACCGUCCAGCAAAAUUGUACAACAAUAGGCAACCAUCAUGGUCAUGGCUUAGCAUCGUAUAUUGAAAAUAGAAUGGAAAAAAAAACAUUUCGACUUUGAAUAAAAUGUCAUUUGUAUUUAAAAUAUACAUUUGCCAACAAAUGUAAAAACAAUACAUUGCAAACAACGAAAUCAUAAAUUAGUACAAUAACAUUUCAGUACAAUAUCAAUUCUUAAGCCUUGUAAUUGUAAUGCAUAUGCUGCAUAUGUAUUCAUACUCUUUAUAUAGAUUGUGUAAAUAUGAGUAUUUAUAUUCACUGCGCAUUCAGAUAUAGUGUAUGCAGUAUAUUGACAGUAUGUGUGAACUCAUUAUGGUAUGAUUUUAUACUGUAUAUGUACACUCAAGUAUUUAGAGCAGAAUGUCAUUAGCACUGAAAAAUGUAAGUGUUACAAUAAAUAAGCGAUUGUCGAUGGCACUGCUUUUGUAUACUGUAAUGCGGUAUUUCAAUGUUUAUUAAUCUCGAUUUCUCAUGAUGACUGGUUAUUUACCUGUGUAAUUCAUUGCUGUACAACACUGUAAUAAGGGUUUAAGUUUGUACUAAUCAUUCACUUGUGUACAUGUCUGAAUACGAUGCAUUUCUCCUGAAUGUUUAUGUUGACAAUUAACCUGAGUUAAUGCAACGGUUAUAUGUAUUCAUUUCAACUCAUUCGUGUUUUAUUUAUUUGCAUACAAAUUAUUUUACGUGAAAUACCUGUUCAUGGAAUUAAUGCAUUGUUUAUAUUACAGUACUGUAGAGUGUAUACUUUAAGACUGGUAGGUUUUUAAUUUGUAAUCGAAGGGUAUGCAGUAUAUUGAGUGUAUGUUAAAUAAUGUAUUAAUUCAUGUCAUUAAAACCACUGCAGUAUU